CAGAGUAAUAGCCAGCUUAAAGCUUUCUAAAACUGUCUUUCAGGCAAGUUUGGAGACUACUAUUUUUAGGCAUAUUUUCAAACAGAUGGAAAGUUACUUGAGAAAGCAUCCCAAGUGUUGAAUUUUCUUUGUUUGAAUAUGUCUAAGUGUUGGAUUUUCCUUAUCCCUUAGAGCCACAUUUGGUUACUUGAAUUGGAGAAUUAAUCUCUUCACCAAAUUCAGCAUAACCAGUACCUUCUUUGGUUGCUUGAAUGAGGAGAAUUAAUCUCCUCAUUAAAUUUUUAUAAUCGGUUGGUUGCAAUUUCGUAUCAUCUUAUAAAUAAUACUUUUAUAUUGUCAAAGGCUCAUUUGAGGCGCACUUAAGAGCUGAACCUUGGAGAAUCUCAAUGUAAGCGCUUCGCCUCAUUAGGCUAUGCCCCGGUGAAGGCAAAAGCACCAAGCUGUGCGCCUCAUUGCCCAUAAUUCUGUCUUGGAUAGAGCUGUUCCAAGCAGUUAAACUAAUUGACAACAGGAUAUGUUAAUUGUUAAGGAAAUCAUUAUGGAUGAAGUAGUUUUUUUUUUCUUGCAUUACAUGUGUAUUUUUUCCCUUUGUUGUGCCUUUUUAACUGAAGCUCACACUUCAAUUGUGCUUUGUCCUUAAAGCCCUGAUAGAACUGGAGCCUUUUCUGACGCUUUUCGCUUUUAACAACACUGUAAUACUUGCAUAAGUUAUGCGAAAAUCUAUGUAUUAUUCUAAUAUUCUAUGCAGAGUAGAAUGUGGAAUAAGAAUUCUUGUAUGAGCAAUGUGUGGAUUAGACCAUUUAAAGACAAAAGUACCCUUAAAGUAAGUAGUUCCUGUAUAACAAUAAUCUCUUCAUUAUUAUUAAUCACUGUACAAUAAUUCUUUCGAUUUUAUUCACCACAUAACAAUCCCUGCAUUACUAUUCCCCACAUAAACAAUCCAUGCAUUACCUAUCCCAACAUUACUUUUCCCCGCAUAACUUGUCUCCAAAGCAAACCACACUUAAGCUUAGCACAAUCCAGGAGCUUGAGUUGUCUACACUGAUUUUUAACCUGAAGCUGCUGUAGUCUUACUGGUAUACCGGUGUUGAAGCUACGUCAGUUCGCAAGUGCAGAACAUGUUAAUCUGAACUCUUAUAUGUUGGCUCAAGAUUCUUGGAUGGGGCCUUAGGUAUGAAGAGCGUGGAUUAUCUUAUUUUAGAUUCUUUUGGUAAUUGAUUUCCUUUUUUACCCCCUGGUUUGCCAAGCAAGCAGUUUGGGGUUCAGCAAAAAGUAUGGAAGGGGGAAGUCAUUUAGGUUGUUGAGUAGAUUAUCCUUUGAUUAACGGGAAAUUCUGCAUUUUGUUGGUAAUUUGGUCAUCUUCAAGUCAGCUAUCUGACUGAUCUAAUGGGAACAUUUUUGGUGCCAACACGCUGUACCUCCUUCCACCAAUCUUGUUGGCGGUGGGGGUUGGGAGUUAAAGAAAUAGGAUUUGCUUCUUUCUGUGGCAGUGGGAAGGGAUAGGCGACAGGGGAGUAAGUACCCAUAGAUGGGGAGCGGGAGGAAAGGAUUCAAAGACUUAAAAGACACCGUCCAGAUGAUAGACCAACAUAUCCAUCUCAGCCACGAAUGCAAGAUGAGAUUUAUCUGACAAAGACACAGAAGCCUAGCAGCAGACUUCCUCCAGGUUGGUUGGAUUGUCCUGCAUCUGGGCGGGAGAUAGGUCGCAUUAUUCCUUCAAAGGUUCCUCUCGAUGAAACUUUCAACUACUGUGUUCUUCCUGGCAAAAGAUACUCGUUGAGGCAAGUCCUCCACCAACAGAAAGUUUUGGGAAGAAAGCUUGGUAUGGUGAUUGAUCUCACAAAUACAACGCGAUACUAUUCAUCGUCAGAAUGGAGGAAAGAAGACAUCAAACAUGUAAAGAUUCCAUGCAAAGGCCGUGAUGCUGUACCUGACAAUGAGUCUUGCCAUUUAUUUGUCUAUGAGGUUUCACAAUUUCUUGUCCGUCAGAAAGAUGUGAAGAAGUAUAUUCUUGUGCAUUGCACACAUGGGUUUAAUCGCACUGGGUUCAUGAUCAUUCAUUUUCUUAUGCGUACGCUGCCGAUAUCUGUCACUCAGGCAAUCAAAAUUUUUGCUGAUGCUCGCCCUCCUGGGAUCUAUAAGCCAGACUAUAUUGAUGCUUUAUAUGCCUUUUAUCAUGAGGAAAAACCUGAAAUGGUUGUUUGCCCUGUAACACCUGAGUGGAAAAGGUCUUCUGAUCUUGAUUUGAAUGGCGAUGCUAUGCCGGAUAUCGAUGAUGAUGGAGGUCCUGCGAUUUUGUUGCCUGUAUGUGUUUCUGAAGAAAACGUUCCCCUUGAUUCUUCGCACUUUAUUCAUGGGUGAAGUGUUUGGUUGAUUCCCUCUCUGCUGAAAUCUUAAGCUUCGGUUUUGCACCAGGACUGUUUUAAUUUGAAUGUAAACACUGAGCUAUUUCUACCAUUCUAGUGGCUCUCAACAUUAGAAUGUGAAACCCAUCUCUUUCUGAUACUUUUAUGGUGAGAAAGCUAUGAAUUCUGAUUUUGAGUGCAAUAUUAAGCUUGAUUUUGAAAACCACGAAUUUUAUGACAUUCCCGAGUCUUUUUGCCAGCAGAACUUGUAAAUGAGAGACUCUUGAAUUUAUGACCUUGCAAUACUUGGGAUGCAAUCUGCCGAAGCUUCUUAAGAGGCAUCAUCUGGCCAUUAAGCCUGAUUGCUUAUCAAGGCUACUUCAGCCACCUUAUAUGAGUCUCCUUCCGUCAAACUUGAGAUGCCUUCCAUGUCUGGUCUUAAUAUUGAGUAUGCCUUCUUUUUGCCUCGGUAAAAUUUGAACCAGCAAAUAUUGAUAUGGUAUUCUUAGAGUGACAACUUCUUUUCCUUAGGAUCCUGAUACUAUCAAUCAAUCAACUAUGCUUCAAUCUCAAACUAGUUUUAGGUCAGGAUCUGACUCCUAUGUAAUUUUCUCUAUUCCACCCACUUUCAUUGGAAUGAUAAUAGAAAAAUGAUCUCUGAUACUCCUUUAUCUAUCCAUUUAAUUAAGUCUGAGAUAAGUACGCAAAAGUUAAUGCUUAAGAAAUUUUUGUUCAUACCUUCCAUUUUCUUCUUCUUGUCCAACAUGAGUGCCUAAAUGUGACGUAAAGAUUUUCUACUAGAAAAAAUGGAAGGAGGAGGAGGAUGAGGAUUGUUGGUUCUUGUCAGAUAGAGGGAUUUGUCAUAUAGUUCCUCUGAACUCAGUAUAUUGCUAUAUUUCUUAUUUGCAUUUUUAGCUUUUGUGCCUUCAUGCUGUUAGCUAUUCAUUUUUGAACAAGCUUUUCCUUUUUUGAACAAGCAUGCUGUUCCCUAUUCAUUGUCCUUCUAAUUAAAGGAAGACUUGCUCAAGAAGAUAUCUAGUUUUCUUAAAAGCUUGACAAGGUGCUAAAAAGUGGUAGAAGAGAUCUAACUUUGCUUAGAAUCUAUGUUGCUCGGAUCCUCCAAAAUGCCACUAGGUGUGUGUCGGGUCCUCCAAAAGUUAUGCAUCUUUGGAAGAUCCGUAACCGAUGCGGCGGAAUUUUGAAGGAUCCAAACAUAGCUUAGAACUUAGAAAAAGCAUUUCAGCUUGGUAAAGAGUGUUUCGGAUGAGAAAUUGGAAGAAUGCACAUCCAAAUAGUGUCAUAUUUGCUGACCUUCUAAAACAUAAAUGAGGUUAGUCCUCCCUUUUCUCUAAUCUUUCACAGGGAAAGUACAUUUUGGUGUUUAUAUGCAAUCACCACUGCCCUCUUCUUUUAAGCUUUAAUCUUUGGGUGCUUCCUACCAAAAUGGUUGCAGAAUGGUUAAAUUUUAGGAUCAUAUUCAUAGAAGAAAGAGUGUGGGCAGACAUUCAACUAUAUAUAUUUUUCGGUGCACGAUUUGAUUCACCUUUUGCUGUUUAAAAGUUUAGAUUCCCAAAAGGCAAACUUUGACUGCGAGGGCCAGAGAGUUGAGCAAGAGAGGUGGGCCUGC